GUGAUUUCCUAUUUAACCGGCCAAUCCCUCGCACAAAGAACAACAACAAAAAAAACAUUACUUCUUACUCCUUAUAAUUUAGAUCAUAAUAUAUACUCGAAUUCAGUUCUCUCUCGCUCUUCUCAACAUGAAGAACAACUCUCCCGCCGCCGCAGCAUUCCCCCUCGUUAUAAUCAUCGCCACCGUUGUGAUGGCGACACUUGCCGCGGAAGCCGCCGGCGCCGGCGCCGGAGACAAGGAGCGGGCUGAUGCUUUGAAAGCAAUCAAUGACGCACUAUCCGCAACCAAAUCCGCACUGAAUGCCAUCGCCCCCCUGAAAGGCAGCGCAAAGGCCCUGGCUGAUUGCGCCGACACCCUCGGCGACGCCGUAAAGCGCAUGUCCGACUCGAGCAGGAAGCUGCGCGUGAAGAGCGACGCCCAUACGUGGAUGAGCGCCGCCGUGACGGACUUCACCACUUGUAAUGACGGUUUAAAGGGCGUGAAGGUUAGUAGCGCCGUUUCCGGAUUUAUCGCAACGGCUUCCAGUAAGACCAGCUAUGCGCUCGCUAUGGUCGCUAAGUUACCCUAAUUAACGGAGUGUAAUGACAACAAUAAUAAAGCCAAAGACUGCUUGCAUGCUCGUUUAUGGGGCAUUUUAUGGGUUGUUUUGGCCUAAGUUUAUUUAUUUGUAAUGGUGGGCGUGAUUAUAAGCCCCUUUUCUUGGUUUUUGUAGUUGUUCUUCCCGUAAAAAGAGAGUCGAACCUCAUGAAGUCGGUGAUCUCGCUUGAAAUAAACUAGUCCUUUCGUU